CCAUUUAUUAACAGUUCCGAGCCUACUAUAUCAGUCGUUCAAUAUACUGAUGGUCUAACGGCUUACGGCCUAGCACCUAUACCUGGUUGGUACCUUAGUUGCUACCAGGGGUACGGGGACAAAUCCGAAGAACAAGCUUAUCAUCCCCAUCAUAGGUAUUACAGCAUAAGAUAUCCCCAUCCGCAGCUCUUCUGCAGCUACAAUCAAGUCUAUACAUAGUAAUUCCAAUUUCCAUCACCUGGCUACGCAGAACCUACGGUAUCUAAGGUACUCAGCCGUCUUGUGCCCAACGCCCUUCGAGCACAACAUGUCCACUCAACUCGACGCCGCGUCUAUCGCGCGUCUCUCCCUACACGACCCCGCCCACUUCAACAUUCAGCACUCCCAAACCCUUCACCGCGUGGUGCUCCUGCAGCACUGGAACAUUCCCACUGGCUCGCAAGUCUUGGAGAUAGGAUGCGGGCAGGGGGACUGCACGACUGUCCUUGCCUCUGCCGUAGGCGAGCAGGGGUCGGUCGUGGCGGUCGAUCCGGCAGAAUUGGACUAUGGUGCCCCGUAUACUCUCGGCCAAGCACAAGGCCACAUCUCGCAAGGCCCGCUGGGGAGCCGGAUUACUUGGGUCCAACAAUCCCCCCUGGACUACCUCUCCUCCCUCCCUUCCCGUCCCCGUUCCCCCUCUUCUCCCACGUCCUCGCCGCCGCCGCCAUCCGCCAGCGAAAGUAAUAACAACAAUAAUAAGACCUUCGACGCAGCAGUGCUCGCCCACAGUCUAUGGUACUUCGCCUCGCCCUCGCUCAUCCUUUCCACCUUCGCUGCCCUCAAGCAGCACAGCAAGCGCCUCCUUCUUGCCGAGUGGUCGCUGGUGGCGACACACCCUGCCGCCCAGCCUCACGUAUUGGCUGCGCUCGCCCAGGCAGCGCUGGAGUGCCGCAAAGCCAGGGGCAGCAGCGACUCCAACGUCCGCACGGUGCUGGGACCCAAGCGGCUUACCGAGCUGGCCUUGGCGGCCGGGUGGCGGCUGGAGAGGGAGAGCCGCGUGCAGGGUGGGGAGGGGCUGCUGGACGGGCAGUGGGAGGUCGCUGCUUGUCUUGCUUCCUCUUUCGAGAGGGAAGUGGAGGAGCGAGUGGGGGAUGAGGGGGAACGGGCGGUGGUUCUUGCGGCGCGGGAUGCGUGUGAGGCGAGCUUGGAGGGUGUGCAGGGCGGGAGGGAGGGAGUUAGGGCCAUGGAUGUGUGGGUUGCGAGUUUCGUCUGAUUUGGGGGCACAGGCUGAGAACUUCCCUAAGUCCUAGCCCUCCCGUCUUCUUCUUCGACGAAAAGCCAAAUCUCUGACUCUUGCUUUACCUGGGUUACUAUAUCUUCCCACCGUAAACACGGUUGCGAAUCUUCGCACGCCUUAGUACCUAGGGAUGUACUAUGCACCAUUUCCGCACUAACACUUGAAGCUACCACGAAAUACUCAUACAACGAU